CUAGCACCCACCCGACAACCGCAUCUGGUCAGCCCUAGCACGGUAACAUCCCCUCUGGUAACUCCACGUCUUCUAGUCCGGCUCCCCUCCCUCUCUCAACAGACGACGGUCCCUCACCUCCAACCAUUUGCACCCUGGUGAUCCGGCACAACGCCCCCGCCUUAGUACCCACCCAACAACCUCGCCCGGUAACCCCCUGCCCCUUGGCUGUGACCCCGGUGGCCGUCUGCCGAUCCCUCCACACGGCCGUCAAGAGCCCAGUGAUCCUUCAACCCCUCCCGACCCCCACACGCACCCGGCAGCUCAACGCUGAUUAUUCACCCAAUCGUUCAGACACGGAAUGGAUCCUUUCGACUGCCCCCGUGUUUGAGAUGAGAGAAGGUGGCGCGGACUGGCGAGGAAUUUGAUCAAAAGGAAGAGCGGCCGGAGACAUGAACAGGAAGAAAGGCGAUAAGGGGUUCGAGAGCCCAAGGCCCUAUAAGUUAACUCACCAGGUGGUCUGCAUAAAUAAUAUAAACUUUCAGAGGAAGUCUGUCAUAGGAUAUGUGGAGUUGACCAUUUUCCCAUUAGUUGCAAACCUCAGUAGAAUUAAACUGAAUAGCAAGCAAUGUCGGAUUUACAGAGUAAGAAUAAAUGAUUUGGAAGCUGCUUUCAUUUACAAUGAUCCAACUUUGGAGGUCUGCCACCACGAAUCAAAGCAGCGAAAUCUUAAUUACUUUUCCAAUGCCUAUGCAGCAGCAGUCAGUGCGGUUGACCCUGACACUGGAAAUGGAGAGCUGUGUAUUAAGGUUCCAUCUGAACUGUGGAAACAUGCUGAUGAGAUGAAAGUUAUGAAAGUAUAUAUUGAAUUCUCCUUGGACCAGCCAAAAGGAGGGCUUCAUUUUGUUGUGCCCAAUGUAGAAGGUAGCAUGGCUGAGCGAGGUGCACAUGUCUUUUCCUUUGGAUAUGAAAACUCUACCAGGUUUUGGUUUCCUUGUGUGGACUCUUUCUCUGAACUAUGCACAUGGAAGUUGGAGUUCACAGUUGAUGCUGCUAUGGUAGCAGUUUCCAAUGGAGAUUUGGUGGAGUCUGUUUACACCCAUGACAUGAGAAAAAAAACUUUUCAUUACAUGUUAACGAUUCCAACAGCUGCCCCGAACAUUUCACUGACUGUUGGCCCCUUUGAAAUACUGGUUGAUCCUUACAUGCAUGAAGUAACACAUUUCUGCCUACCCCAAUUGUUGCCACUCCUGAAACACACCACAUCCUUUCUUCAUGAGAUUUUUGAGUUUUAUGAAGAGAUUCUGACCUGCAGAUAUCCCUAUGCCUAUUAUAAGACUGUAUUUGUUGAUGAAGCCUAUGUAGAAGUAGCUUCAUAUGCAUCGAUGAGUAUUUUAAGCACAAACAUCCUGCACAGUGCCAUGAUUAUAGAUCAGACGCCACUUACCAGACGGUGUUUAGCACAAGCUCUCGCUCAGCAGUUUUUUGGCUGCUUCAUUUCCAGAAUGUCUUGGUCAGAUGAAUGGGUGUUGAAAGGAAUCUCUGGGUAUAUAUAUGGCCUUUGGAUGAAGAAAACAUUUGGUGUAAAUGAAUACAGACACUGGAUAAAAGAGGAACUGGACAAAAUUGUGGACUAUGAAUUGAAAACUGGUGGUGUUUUGCUGCAUCCAACAUUUACUGGAGUGAAAGAGAAAGAAACCCCAGCACCCCACUUGCACUUUUCAAUUCGACAUCCACAUACAUUGUCCUGGAAGUAUUACAAGAUGUUUCAGUGCAAAGCCCACCUUGUAAUGAGACUCAUUGAAAAUAGGAUCAGCAUGGAAUUCAUGCUACAGGUCUUCAACAAACUGUUAAGUUUGGCCAGUACCGCCUCUUCACAGAAGUUCCAAUCACAUAUGUGGAGCCAGAUGCUGCUUUCAACAACUGGAUUCUUAAAAUCAAUUUCAAAUGUGUCUGGAAAAGAUAUUCAACCUCUAAUAAAGCAAUGGGUUGACCAGAGCACUGUGGUGAAGUUUUUCGGCAGCUUUGCGUUUAACAGGAAAAGGAACAUCUUGGAACUGGAACUGAAGCAAGAUUACACUUCUUUGGGAACUCAAAAAUAUGUGGGACCUUUAAAAAUUACCGUACAAGAAUUAGAUGGGUCAUUUAACCACACUCUGCAAAUUGAAGAGAACAGCCUCAAGCAUGAUAUUCCUUGCCAUUCUAAGAGCAGACGAAAUAAGAAAAAAAAGAUCCCACUGUUGAAUGGGGAGGAAGUGGACAUGGAUCUUAAUGCGAUGGAUGCUGAUUCUCCAUUAUUGUGGAUAAGGAUUGACCCAGAUAUGUCUGUUUUGAGAAAGGUGGAAUUUGAGCAGGCUGAUUUCAUGUGGCAAUACCAGCUUCGUUAUGAAAGAGAUGUGGUUGCGCAAGAAGAAUCAAUUCAUGCUCUAGAAAAGUUUCCCACACCAGCAUCUCGACUAGCACUAACAGAUAUCCUGGAACAAGAACAGUGCUUUUAUAAAGUACGAAUGCAUGCCUGCUUCAGGCUAGCAAAGAUUGCAAAUGCCAUGGUGAACACUUGGACAGGUCCUCCAGCCAUGAAGUCGCUCUAUACCCGCAUGUUUUGCUGCAAAAGUUGUUCAAAUAUUGUUAAGACCAACAAUUUCAUGAACUUCCAGAGCUACUUUUUACAGAAGACCAUGCCUGUUGCUAUGGCAUUGCAGCGGGAUAUCCAUAACCAGUGUCCCAAAGAAGUGUUGGCCUUUAUUUUGGACUUAAUUAAAUAUAACGACAACAGAAAGAACAAGUUUUCGGACAACUACUAUCGUGCUGAACUUAUUAAUGCACUUUCAAACUCAGUGACGCCUGCAAUUAGCAUCAAUAAUGAAGUUCGAACAUUGGAUAAUCUCAAUCCUGAUGUACGAUUGAUUUUGGAGGAGAUUACCAGAUUUUUAAAUAUGGAGAAGUUGCUACCAAGUUAUAGAAACACAAUAACUGUCAGUUGCUUGAAAGCUAUACGUAUACUUCAGAAGAAUGGCCAUAUUCCCAGUGAUCCAUCACUUUUUAAAUCAUAUGCAGAUUAUGGGCACUUUGUUGAUGUUCGCAUUGCAGCUCUAGAAGCAGUUGUGGAUUAUACGCAAGUGGACAGGAGCACAGAUGAAUUGCAGUGGCUGUUAGAUCUGGUCCAGAAUGAUGGUGUACCCUACAUAAGACAUAAAAUUUUGAAUAUGCUCAAUAAAAAUCCCCCUUUCACCAAGAAUGCAGACUCAUCCAUGUGCACCGAGGCAUUGGUGGACCAGCUCUGGAAACUAAUGAACUCAGGAACCUCCCACGACUGGAGACUUCGCUGUGAUGCCGUGGAUGUGUACCAUACUUUGUUUGGCCUCAGCCGACCUUCUUGCCUUCCUCUGCCUGAGUUGGGUCUAGUUCUCAACUUAAAGGAAAAGAAAACUGUACUGAAUCCUAUAAUCAUUCCUGAGACAGGAGUAAGUGGACAAGAGGCCUUGGGCAGUGCAAACGUGCAUGGAAUAAUACCUGCCUUCCAGGUUAAAGAAGAGGAGCACCUUGUUAAGGACGCUGUAUCCGCUGCAUUUGGGGUUCAGAGUGUUAAGAGAAAAGCAGAGACUCCACUUGGUUCCCCACUGGAACCUGGCCAAAUUCUGGAAAAAGAUGAAGAUAACAGCAAAGUUAAGCUUAAAAUCAAAUUUUCUAAUUCUCAAGAGGAUGAAGAAAUUGACAUGGACUCAGUUCAUGAUAGUCAGGCUUUUAUUUAUCAUCAAUUGAACAUACUUGAACGACCGUCUACUCCAGGAAAAGAAACUCCAGCUAUAGAAACUGGCAUGAUUUCCAUGCCAGCCACUCCGGUUCCUUCACUUGGCAAAGAAUCCAGUUCGGCGAAACAUGGGGAACACCAUCAUCAUCAUCAUCAUGAACACAAGAAAAAGAAGAAAAAGCAUAAACACAAGCAUAAGCAUAAGCACAAACAUGAUGGGAAAGAUAAAGAAAAAGAUCCGUUUACUUUUGCAAACAGCCCAGCUAGUGGACGGUCGCUUAACUCUCCUUCAUUUUCAGACUAAAUGAAAGGGCGAACUGUCCAAGCAGCCCUACAAACUAGCAAGAAUAAAGAACCAAAACUUUUGUGCCCACUUUUCCUACAAAUUGUAUUGUAUUAGGUAAUCUACAUGUACAAACUUUGUUUAAUUGAUCUAAAUUCCGGUUACUCCAAACUUGCUACCCUUGUUUGAUGCAAACUGUUCAAAAUCAACCUCCUUUGCACUCCACCCCUAUCAUUGCAUUUCUACGUCCACACAACUAUUCUUUAUUAGCAUAUGAAUUAAGCGGGUCCAGCGAGUACACCGAACUCUGCUAUACAUUGCACUCUCUGUCUGCUUUUUGUCCUGCACAGAUUUGUUGGCCCAAUGUUGUUCAUUGUAAAAUGAACAUUAUUGGUAUUGAAACAAAAGCUCAAGCCAAAAAUUAUUUAGCAAGAGUAGUGCUCAAGCUUGUGUGUGACAAUAAAUGGAAUGCCUCGGAACAUCGUUGGAGCAGUAAAUAAAAGAUGGUAGCUGCUUUGAGAGGAAUGAGAGGAGAAAAUAAUUCUGAUGGAUCCUUGUUAUAUUGGAUUUCCUUGAAAAGCAAUGAAACCCAGUUGUGGAAUGAAUGGAAUAAAUGGGAUUCGCUUUUAUGGUCUAUUCAAAAUAAUGAAGUGAACGCACUUUCCUAAUUUCUUUGCUAUUUAAAAAAUUGUCCCUAAAUUGCUGUCAACCGUUGCUGUUUUUCAUAGGUAUUUGUGAUAUUUCGUUCACUGAUGAUGGUGCUGAUUCAUUUACCUGCAUCCAAGAACUUGUGGGUCAUGUUAUUUUAAAAAGAUAAUGAUUGUUUGUAUUUCAUAUAAUCUGAUUUUAUACAAAAGCUAUAGGGUCCAUAUGUUUAUAUAAUUAAAUAUUUUGUCUUCAGUGAUUUUGUUUGUUGUGAGUGCAACAAAUGAGGAAAUGAAAUUAUUUUCGUCAUUGGCUAAAUGUAUUUUUCUUCUGAUUGCAUCAUUGCCUUUUUAUUUUCUCUCUUAAAUGUAAUAUUAUUUUAAAUAUUUGUCUGUGAAAAAUAUUGUACACGCCUUCUAUUCAGAUUUCAUAAUUUCUAAUCUUGUUCCUCAAAGAUUCCCACAGUUCAGUAAAUAACUUCAUCAUCAUAUCACAGCAAAAGUAAUUUUCCCACAAAUCUUGUUUUUCACUAGCCCCACCCCCUCCCCAUUGUUUUAAAAUAAAAUUUCUACUUUUAAAAAAAAGUAUAAAUGGCGCAAUUCUAAGUGUGAUAAGUUGAAUAUUGAAUUCAAGAAGCCAUCUCAAAUGUUAAUCAUCGAUUGAACUUGUAGUUUCUGAACAGUUGAGCGACAUAGCUUAAACCUACCAUUGAAAAAAAUGUGAAUUUCGUAUAUGUUUUCUGAAUCCCAGCAGGUAUUAGGGAGAUGUUGGAGAUGAUCCAUGUGAAUUCGAUACUUGCGCUUGUUACCAUAUAAUAUGGCUAUUAUAAUGUCAUUUAUUUGACAACAGGAUCCAAAUUAAACAUUUUUAAUGUUCUUGAGACCAGAUAAUAAUGUAAUUUAGUAAAGCAAAGUUUGCUUGAAUAAUUUCUACAUGUUUUGUAUAGCUCUCUGCUAAUUUAUGUUUGAUUUGUUGAGUGGUGUAGUUUAUUAUCUUAGAACCAAAGAUAUCUGCUUAGACUUAAGUGAAUGAGGAACUAAAAUUUUAAGCUGUUUUAUGCUUAACAAUAUAUGUAACUUUGUAAAUAUGUCCUUAUGCAGUGGGAAUUAUUAAUAAACCACAAGAUUACAUUCUUAA